UGCCUCUUCUCCGUUGAUGGUGUGUGGCCCUGCCUCCGUGGUCCCUCGCCGCUCCCAGUGACCGGCCCUCGCACCCAACCACCGCCCGCCGCCCGCUGUACCACCGGAGACUCCAGUACCUGGAAGCGCCGUACCCUUCACUAGCGGCCGCCCACCCCCACUGGAACCACUGGAACCACUGGAACCACUUGAACCCUUUCCCACUCGAACCCCUUCUUCCCAUACCCGAGCAAUCCCCAUCGCCGCUACCGCUUCAGCGUCCCCAUCGACGCUCAGCGAUCGGCUUUCAGCGCCGUCCAGCAGGUUUUUAGCACCUAGCACCCGACUGCACUCGGCGAAAUCCACGCGCUUGGCUACCGAAAGCGAAUCCGCAAACGCACGUCUCCGAAGCGACUCCAUCAUGGCGGCACUCUCGGCCCCAGGGAUGAUGGUUGCUCCCCACCAGCAUCAGCAGUCGAUGCUCGACUCAGCAGAUAAAAGCGCCAACUCGCCUCCGUUGCGCUCCAACUCGGCUAGCAGCUUCUUGUCCGCUUCUUCGCCCCGCGGCUUCUCCACCGAUUUGACCGAUUCAAUUCUCGAGGAAGGCGGCGAGUCUGGCAGCGAGUCCUUUGUCGAGCCCGUGACUCCUAUCAGCCGCCAUUCCCAGGACUUCACCCUCCAGAGCGGCCAGGACCUCGCCGACAUCCAGACUCUUCAGUCCUGCCAGCCAAUUUCCCUCUCGUCCUCUACUGCGCCCAUUCCGAUCCCGGGAUCCAACAGGAACAGCACCGCAACAUCUCCCACCAAGGCCGGUUUCUUCUCCUCUUCGCAGAGCUCCUCCCGCCGCGCCUCUAAUACCGAGUCAACCACCCCGAGAGCCACUGACACCGACGUAACUACCACCGGCACCCCGCUCUCCCGCCGUUCCACACGUGGCUCGACGUCGAGCUUCAAGCGCACCAUGUCGUCUUUCUUCCGCCGAAGCACUUCUCAGGCUCACAUAGCCAAGGAAUCUGCCAUUGUCGACUCUGCUCCUUCCGUCGCCUCAGGCGUCUCUGACCCGACCUCGAAUGGCCAGCCCCGCGCCGGUCCCACCCGCCGCUUCUCUAUGAACCGCUCCUCGGCCACCACCCGUUCAAAUUCUCCUCCUUCUCCCGGCUCUCCCCUUGAGAUGAGGCAGAGUGCCCACGACACUAGCGACCGUCCUGCGAACGGCACUAUCCCGAGCCAGAACGACUUUACAAAGAAGAACCGUGCAUCCACUGGAUUGACCCUGCGCGGCCGCGCUGUCAACUUUGUCGGCUCUACCGUCACCCGUGGAAGCACCCGUGGAAACCAUCGCCAGCAGCUCCGCCGUCGAGCUAGCAGCUUCGACGGUGGCAGCCGCCCAACCACUCCCAUCGCUGCCGGUGCCGAGCACCACCAUGACGAGGCAACUUACCCUCCCGAGCGACUGCCCUGGGCUCUUCCCCCAGACUCUGGUACCGGCGCCAAGGCCCGGCGCAUGAGCUUGAGCCUCCCCGAUGACUUCGCUGUCGACGUUGCCGAGCUUCAGAGCGAAUUCGAGUACCAAAGCAAGUUUCUCGGUCGUCACGGUAAGCAUCUCGGCAAAGGCGCCGCCUCCAAGGUGACCCUCAUGAACCGCAAGGGCUACCCCGAGGAGCUCUACGCCGUCAAGGAGUUCCGUGGCAAGUCUCACCGCGAGACCCAGCAGGACUACGAGAAGAAGAUCAAGUCCGAGUUCAGCAUCGCCAAGAGUCUCCAUCAUCCCAACGUCGUUGAGACAAUUCGUCUCUGCACCGACCACGGCCGCUGGAACCACGUCAUGGAGUACUGUUCCGAGGGUGAUCUGUUUAGCCUGGUCCAAAAGGGCCAUCUCAAGGGUGAGGAUCGCAAGAAGGACCGCCUCUGCCUCUUCAAGCAACUGAUCCAGGGCGUUUAUUACCUGCAUGCCAAUGGCAUUGCUCAUCGCGACAUCAAGCUCGAGAACCUCAUCAUCACCAAGGACAGUAAGCUAAAGAUCACUGACUUUGGAGUUUCCGAGGUGUUCUGCGGAACCCACCCGGGUCUGCGCGAAGCCGGUGGACAGUGUGGACGAAACAUGGGCGACAUCCGCCUGUGCUCUCCCGGAAUCUGCGGCAGCGAGCCCUACAUCGCCCCCGAGGUUCUGGAGAAGAAGGAUUCCUACGACCCCCGACCUCUGGAUGUUUGGAGCUCUGCUAUCAUCAUGAUUUACCUAACUUUUGGCGGUGCUAUCUGGUCCCGCGCCGAGAAGGGCAACACCCACUACGACAAGCUGGUCAAGGGCUGGAACAACUGGUACGCCAAGCACCCCGAGGCCGACGCCGCCAUCUCGGAUACCGAUUAUCCCAAGUGCUACGCGAUGGACGUUGGAGUUUCUCCCCCAGCCCUUCGCCGUCUUCUACUUCAGAUGCUCAACCCGAACCCGCAGAAGCGCAUCAGCAUUAGCGAGGUGCUUAACAACCGCUGGAUGAAGGGUGUCGAAUGCUGCCAAGUCGAGUCGUACGAUGACCCGGCACUUAAAAUCGACGCGACCAAGAAGGACACGACCAAGAACGGCGUCAAGAAGAUCUUUUGCCACAACCACUUGCCCCCGAAGAGUACGGGAUCCCACUCUCUCGGCAAGAUGCCCGGUCAAGCGGGUUACUAAACGACGUUACGAUUAUCGACGCAAGGGUUUCUCAGUCACGUCAUCCGGUUUCGGCCUCCCAACCCAUAAUAUGGCCACGGAGAUACGACAAGGGACUACCCGUUUUUCAUUUGUUUAUUGUUUUCCCCCUCGGGCGUGGCGAGGUGCGCAACUUGUGAGUUUUGCGUCUUGUUCAUACACCGACAAAGGCGUUCCGGGGACGGUGACCAUGGGAUAGGGGGGUUUGGACGGCCCGCAUGGUCUGGAGUUUGAUCACUUUUCGUCUUGCUUG